AAUAAUAAUAAAUAAUAUAUAUAAAAAAUGAAACUAAAAAUAUCAUUAUUCCUUACAUUAAUAUUUUUGCGAAUUUUUACAAAAUAUAUUUAUGCUUAAUCUUAAAAUUCUUCUAAUGUUUAAUAGUUAAAAUCAUAAAUUGAAUAAUAAUCAGAUUAACCUUAAAAAUAAGAAUAAGAAAUAUAAAAUAAUAAACACAAUUACGAUAAAGAAAAUCAUUAUUAAAAAAAGGAAAAAAACGGUGAAACAAAUGAUUUAAAAGAAGUUGAAGGAUAAGAAUAAUAAUAUACACCAGACGAUUUUGAGUUUUAUUUAUUUAUAUUUAUAGCGACAUUUUUGGUAUUAUUUGCAGGCAUAUGUUCAGGCCUUACUGUAGGUUAUUUAAGUAUAAACGAUCUUUAAUUAGAGAUAAUAAUGAUAAAUGGUAGUGAAAAAGAGAAAAAAUCGGCAAAAGCAAUAGGAUAAAUAAUAAAAAACCAUCAUUUAUUAUUAUCAACUCUUUUAUUAUCAAAUGCAUUUUGUAUGGAAGCUUUGCCAAUUUUUUUAGAUGCUAUAUGUCCUGCUUAUUUGGCAAUUUUAAUAUCUGCAGUUGCCGUUGUUAUUGUAGGAGAAAUAAUACCUCAAGCUUAUUGUAUAGGAAAAUAUUAAUUAGUUAUAGGAGAGUUUUUUGUGCCUUUAACAAAAAUUUUAAUUAAAUUUUUGUGUAUUUUAACUUAUCCUAUUUCCAUUAUUCUAGAUAAGGUUUUAGGUGUGCAUGAAAAAACAAGAAUGGAUAAAAAAGAAAUAAUUGGCCUUGUUGAAUUAUAGGAAAUUAAUAAAUAAAAGCAAGGGAAUAGUGAAUAAGUAAAAUAGAUUUUUAGUCUUACAAAAGAAGAAAUUGAAUUAACAAAAAACACAAUGCUUUUAAGGGAUUAAAAUGUCUGUACUAAACUAAUUCCUUAUAAUAAAAUAUUCAAAUUUCCAUAAAACUAAAAAAUUACAAAAUAAUUAAUCCAAAAAAUUGCAAAAAAAAGUUAUUCAAGUAUUGUAAUAUACGAUCAUUUAAAUGACUAAAACAUUAUAGGAAUUUUAAAAGCUAAAAGUCUAAUUAAUUACAUUGAUACUGAAAUAGGAAAAACUCUUAUUUAAGUAAUAAAAUUUUAAGAACCGAUUAUAAUUACUAAAGAAGCUAAUAUGCUCGAAUUAUUAAUGAUUUUUACAAACAAAUAAACCACUGUUGCUUUAGUUUCAGAUACUAUUCUUAAAAAUAGGAUUAUCGAACCUUAAUAAAAUAAAGGCAAUAUAUUAGGACUUGUUAGUCUAAAAGAUGUUUUCGAAUGUAUGAUAAGUAAAGAAUUUUAAGAUGAAGAUAAGCAUUUAGGUACUUUGGCACCAAUGGAAAAUGUAUUUAAAUAUAAAUAAAAAAUGGAUUAAAAAGAUUAUCAUUUUAAAUUUAGAUUUUCAAUAAUAGGCGACAAAUCAGUAGGAAAAACAUCAUUUAUGGAGUGUAUUAAUAAAUAAUAUAAAAAUUAUUUAAAAAAAAAUAAAUGUAAAGCAAUUACAUAAAAUUAUGGUAAAAUAAUGGAAUAAGAAUAAAGUGAUGAACUAAAUAUGAAGACAGUUGGAUAUAUGGAUGUUGAUACAUUUUUUAAAAUAGCGUAUUGGGAAAUUCCAGGAUAAUAAAGAAAUUAAGAAUACUUUUAUAGAUAUUGUUUAGGAGCAUCAGCAGCUAUAUAUAUAUUUGAUAUAUCAAGGAGGUAAACUUUUGAAAGAAUUGAAAAUUGGAUAUAAGAAAGUGAAAAAUGUGAAAUUCCUAUUAGAAUAUUAGUUGGAAAUAAGGUUGAUCUUUAUUCAAGUACAAAAGGAGCUGUUCAAAAAAGUGAAGCUUUAGGCCUUGCUAAAAAAUACGGAAUGGAAUAUUUUGAAACUUGUUCUAUUGGAGAUUCUUCUAUUUCGCUUGUAUAUGAUUAUUUAUUUACAACUGUUGUUAAUUCUAUUCCUAAUCCACCAACGCCUCAAUCUUUGAUUGGGAAAGGAAUUUUACUUGGAAAAAGACUUUUAAAUUCAGCAAAAUAUUAAUUAGCUUUAUGCGAUAUAGCUUCUCUCUAUGAAUGAUUGAUAUAUUUU